AUGGUGGUAUUGGCUUUCCUGGCCACAAAACCAGGCAACCGAGUGAAGAAAUGGCUGGGAAAGAGCUUGGCCAACUCCAUCAUCCUUUCUUGUUCUGUUGUCCAAAUGAUCAUCUGCUCCACCUGGCUAGGAGUUUCUCCCCCCUUUCCUGACUCUGACUUCCACUCUCAGAUUGGAGAGAUCAUCCUGCAAUGCAACGAAGGGACCGUUGUCAUGUUCUAUAUCACCUUUGGCUACAUGGGCUUCCUGGCUGCCAUCUGCUUCACGGUGGCUUUUCUAGCCAGGAAUCUCCCUGGGGCUUUUAACGAAGCCAAGCUGAUCACCUUCAGCAUGCUGGUCUUCUGCAGUGUCUGGUUGACUUUUGUGCCCACCUACCUAAGCACCAAAGGAAAAUACAUGGUGGCUGUUCAGAUCUUCUCCAUCUUGGCUUCCAGUGCUGGUCUCCUGGGCUGCAUCUUCAUCCCCAAGUGCUACAUCAUCAUUCUGAGGCCAGACUUGAAUACAAGGGAGCAGCUUACAACUAAACGAAAUGUUAAAAUGUAAAAUGUAAGAAUUUUGACCCUCAAUACUUUCCAACAGGUCAAGCCUAUAAAAAGUCCCAAGCUGUUUUGCA